AUGGCCGUUCGCGCCAGGAGCGCCCGCCUGCCGCCGGAGGUCAACCGGAUCCUGUACGUCCGCAACCUGCCGUUCAACAUCUCCACCGACGAGCUGUACGACAUCUUCGGCAAGUAUGGGCCCAUACGGCAGAUUCGAGUGGGCUGCACAAAGGAAACAAGGGGAACAGCCUACGUAGUUUAUGAGGACAUCUAUGAUGCCAAGAACGCUUGUGACCAUUUGUCAGGCUUCAACGUCCAAAACAGGUAUCUAAUUGUGCUAUACUACAAUCCCCAGCGGCAGACAAAGAAGGUCGGGACAAAGGAGAAGGAAGAGGAGAUCAAGCGCAUGCAGACAAAGUAUGGAGUGGAUGGCGAGCAGCAUGCCAGGAAUCCACAGCAGCCACAGGCAGCUGCCCGCUAG